UUUUGGGGAAGUGUUUCCACAUAACACAAAAGGCACAGAGCUUUCCAAGAUGGAUGAAGAAAAGUUUCCAGAUGAUUUCCGGACAUAUAAAGGAGGAAGAAGCCUGAUCCAGAGAUCAUUCUUUCCAAUAUACGCACUACUGGGUAUCUCUUAUUUGCUAAUUCUCAUUGGCUUUGUGGUGGCCCUCUCCAAAGUCUCAACAAUUUCAUCUGAACUCAACAAGCUGACACUCAAUUUUUCAAAGGAUCCUUUUGGCCGUGACUUCCACUUGUUCCCAUGUGGAGCUGACACUAGACAAUGGGAAUAUUUUGGUGGAAAAUGUUACUUCUUCUCCCUGAAGUCAAUUCCCUGGUACGAAGCCAAGGCAGACUGCGAACGCAAACAGUCACAGUUGGUCAUCAUUGAUAGUCUUGCAAAACAGAAUUUCAUACAGACUCGGACCAGGAAUGAACGCUUUUGGAUCGGUCUCCAUGACCAACAUACAGAAGGAGAAUGGAAAUGGGUGGAUGGCAGUAAUUACAGAACUGGCUUUAAGAACUGGAAGGUAGGGGAACCCAACACUUACCAGGGUCGUGAAGAGGACUGUGCCCAAGUUUGGAUUAGUGGGGAAUGGAACGAUUUCAUCUGCACAUCUGACAGCUUUUACGUCUGUGAAAAGCCCUUGCCAAGCAAAUCCAAAGCUGCAUCAAAGAGGACCUGAAUCUUGAAGCAGAACUUCUCAAAAGCAAUUUGGAAGGCAAGAUUGUAGCCCUUGCACCAUGACUGGCCGAGCAGCAUUAUACUUUUGCUAGGCAAAGAUCCCAUUUUAAAGCUGAAUCAGUACCACAUUGUUAGCUCUGGAUUAUCUGGCAAUUCUGUAGCUAAGUCAAAUUAAGCAUGUAAAUUUCCUAAGCAAUUGUUUCCUACAAUCUGGAGGAACAAAAUACUAAUCUACCUUCCAAGGUCUGGAGAAGUGUUCCUGAAAUCAUAAUAUAUGGGAGAUAAUUUUAAUUAGUUAGUGCUAUUGCUAUGUCAUUAUAUGAUUCACUGAACAAUAUGAAAAUGCUAAACCUAAAAGCUAGCAGAAAAAAAAAAUCACUAGCUACAUCUCAUAUUCGUAUAGUAGUAAUUACAUCCAGAGGGGAGGAGGGCGAUGCUGUGUUAAAAUUACCUGGGUUCAAGCAGUGUGCUAAGUCAUGUUUACUAAACUGGGUUAUUGAGUAAGCCACAAUUGACUAGGUUUGUACAACAAGCUAAGACCUAAGCCAUGAUUUAUAAACUAUAACAGCUGGGAUUACAUGACACCCUGACUCAAAACCCAACACAGCACAUAAUGGUUUAGUGAACCUGGCUGCUUGCUGUAAUUAUUAAAAGCUAGUUCAGUCUCCCUCUGGACUCUCACAAGACACAGCUCUUACAUUUGCAGCUGUACAUUUCACAACCAACAUUUCAUCAGAGAUAUGAGGAUACCCCUUUGAAUACAGCAAUCCUGCAUUUCCAUUAUACAAAUGGAAGUGGAGGAAACACAUUGCUUCUUCGGCUGCAAAAGGUCAAGGUACGUAUCAAGAAUGAGUUCGCCGUUACCUUAAGGAAUGGAAACCAUUGAUGGACUACUUGCAAAAUGCAGGCGGGGCGAAGCUUACACCGGGAUUUGGAGAUUAGAU